GGUCACCUUUCAGCGGGCGCAUUGAAUGAACACACAACUCGCGGUGACGUAUUGCACAGCUGAUCUGGCAACAACUGGCAGUUCACAGAAAGGGCCCGAUGGUUUCUGCGCCGAGGAUAUAAACGCAUCAACCUUUAACAGUGCAAAGACAAGGUGCUAAGAUGAAACAAACAUGAUAAGCACCAAUGGCCCCUCCAUCAAGUGCGAGGAGACCCGGGACACCGGCAGGAAGAGGAGGCGACCGCCUGAAAUGCUUCAUCUCAUGUUUGCUGUCACCGUGUGGUUGGUGACGGGUACCACCAUAUCCAGCUUAAACAAAUUGAUAUUUGCCGUGUACAAUUUCAGAUUUCCCCUGCUUCUGUCAGCCCUUCAUAUGCUGACAGCAAUAGUGGUGGACUAUGGACUGAUCAAAUGCAGGGUUAUCCGGCUCAGAGGGAUCGGUGAGCAGGAUUUGACCACCAGUGCUAAAUGCAAAGUAUUCCUGUUGAGUUUGACAUUCUGUGCCAGUAUAGCAUUUGGAAACAUGGGACUCAAUUACGUCCAGCUUUCAUUUGCGCAGAUGAUCUACACCACAACGCCGUUAUUUACACUGGCCAUUUCCGCACUGAUUCUCGGAAAGCAGCACCACAUCCUGAAGUACACCGCGAUGAUACCUAUCUGCCUCGGGGCAUCAUUCAGCAUUAUGGGCGAGGUCCAGUAUGACCAGAUGGGCUGCCUGUUUGUGUUCGCCGCCACCAUGUUACGGGGUGUAAAAUCUAUUCAACAGAGCAUCUUGCUUCAGGAAGAGAAGAUCAGUUCUGUCUUCCUUCUGUACCUGAUGUCCAUCCCCAGUUUCUGCAUCCUGGCCAUAGCCGCACUGGCUCUGGAGAACUGGGCAGCACUCCAGUCUCCUUUCCAGUAUGACCCCCACCUCUGGGGUUUCAUCCUGCUCAGUUGUCUGGGCUCAGUGCUUUACAACCUGGCCAGCUGUUGUGUCAUCAACCUCACUUCCGCUGUCACACUGCACAUCCUGGGCAACCUGAAUGUGGUGGGCAACCUUUUGCUCUCCCAGCUGCUGUUUGGGAGCGAAUUAACGGCUCUCAGCUGUGCUGGAGCUGCCCUAACCCUCUCUGGCAUGAUCAUCUACCAGAACUCCGAGUACAUUGUUGCUUACCUCGAUGCACGUAGAGCCCAGGUGCCAACUGAAGCCAGUAAAUGGGGAGAGGAUGUGGUAUGUGCCAAGAAGACUGACUAAAGCAUAUCAACACCAACUUCAGAAUCAGUUCUGGAGUCUUGUUCAGAAACUUCUCUAGAAUUAUCUGCAGAACCAGCUCAAGAACCUAUUAGAAGGACAGAGAAUCAGACUCAUGAGAAAACGGACUGAAGAUACUCAAAAGAGAUGAAGUUUGGGAAUAUGUUCCAAAGCCUAGUGAGCUGCCUUGCUGUCAACAGCCUACAUAGGCAGCUACCUUCUAAGGUAGCAUUAUAACUGUAAAUGGAACCUCAUAAGGAAUUUUUGAGAGUUCUAUUUAGCAGCAACUCAUGCACAGACUUGAUGCAUAAUCGAUUUUUAUAGAGUGUGCCAUUAGCAUGUUGCUAAGUUAACAACACAAUAUUCUCAUAAGCAUAAUAAAACAUAGCACGCAAAAAUAUUAAGUAAAAAAAAAGUUAUUUUUAAAUAGAUUUGAAGUACUUUUUACCACUACUCAUACUAAAUUAAAAGUAUAUUUAUAUUCAACAUGUCUCUUGAUUUUCAGUAGAGUUUAGCAUUAGCAUUUUGCUAAGCUAACAACGAUGUCGAUUAGUGGUCCACUGAGUUUUUAAAAGUUAGAUACUUCAAUUUAGCGAUCUGAUUAGUCAAUAGUUGAUUGUCCAAAAAAUUUGCUGGAAACCUAUUUUACACAAUAUUUACUCAAAAUUCACACAGUAAUAUUUGAAACCAGAAAGUUGGCAUUAUUAUGGAAAAAAUUAUGACACCUUAAGAAAAAGUGCUUUGGUAAAUCAUGAUAAUGAGAUACUUAAUCAUUUUUAUGAGAUAAAUUAUUCAUAAUUAUUAGAUUCGAAAUAAUUAUUUUGAGAUAAAAAUGCUGAAUAUGCAUAUACUUUAAAUUUUUGCAAUACUUAAAAUUUAAGGUAAAAAUACUUAAAUUCUAUUUAAAAAUGGCCUAUUUUACCCAAUAUUUCUAUGAGCUUUUUAUUUUUGUUUAUUAGAAUAUUGUGCUGUUAGCUUAGCAACAUGCUAACGCCAAACUCUACUGAAAUAGAUGGCGAGUCGAGUCUCCUGUGCACUUAACCUGGGAGCGUUAUUUGUAAUAUGCACAGACUUGCUGCCUAUAUACUGUAGAUCUCUACAAAUCUUGCAAAAUAUACUCCAGCCUUUACAAUGUGGACAAAAAAGUAGUCUUAAAAGGCUGCAUAAUCAUGCUUUUGUGACAUAAGCACGCCUAUGAUGUCCUAAAAUGCUGACUACAUAGGAAGCUCACUAUAUUUUGGAACAGAGCAUAGAUAUUGCACAGGAAGACUGAGCAGCAAGACCUUCGAGGAAGACUCUUUUGAUUUUGACAAGUGCUAACUGGUUAAUAUAAAGACGAUAAUGGUAAUGAAGGUUUAGUUUUCUCAGUACCUCCUCACUGUGCCAAUGUUUUUAAUUUCAGUCAUCCCUAAUAUGGAGAGCCACCAAUCCACAGAGCUAUGAAAAUGAAUGAUGCCUUUUUUCUUUUUACGAACGUGACAGUUUGUUAGGGUUUUAUUACCUCUGUUUUGCCUACACAUACUUUUAGCGCAUAAAAAAUCCUGCAUGAGCAUGGGAAAGAUCUCCAGUAUCCUGUCAUAUUCACACUGACUGUGUCUAUCUAUUGCACUGUGAAAAACAAAUACGCAAAUUGCUCUGGCUCGCUUAAAACGGUCAGCAUAGCUGUUACUGGACUUGCACUUUUUAAAUACUAGAGAAGGGCACAAAUUUAAGAAAUACAUCGGAUUAAUGUAUUUCUAGGUACUGUUACUCAGCCGCCCUGAUUUGAUGUUAUGGGAGGGCAUGUUUAAGGCAGCUUUCUGUAGGAUGCCAUGUUCGUUUGAACAAGGACCCUGUGUUUGUUACGGCACUACCACUUUUUUUGUCUAGGUUACGUUUACAUAAUGGAGAUGAACAAGACCAUUGGAUCCUCAAUUCAGUGCUGUUGUCUGCACUAUUUAAUACAAAAGUGUCUCUUUUCUCCGAAAUUAGGUUUCAUACCUCUUUGUGUUGUAGUUGAGGUAUAAAUUCAGUUCAGAUAUUUAUAAAUUGGACUCUCUGAGGAGUCUCCUAAAUUUUUAGCACACUAUAAUUUCAUGGGAGAAAUCAGAAUGAUAUCCUCAUUGGCAUUGUCCUCUUUAAAGAUCUCAAUUAAAAGUUUCCUUGGUCUCACUCGUCUCCUGUAAGUGGGUGCUCAUCCAUUUUCAUUGGUUUCUGUAUUUUGUUUUGUUUUCGUUUGACAUCUGCUGGACAGUAUUAUUUUCCCUCCAUUUUAAAUUGUGUAUUUUUAUGCUGUUGUAGGAAACUGACACUAACAGAGGUUAUAGACCAAGGUACAAAGGAAGGCCAUUCCCUCAAAGAGGUUUUGUUGCCAUCUGCUGAAUAGAAUGCGAAUAUGCUUUUGUUAUUUUUAUUUUUUAUAUAUAGACAUGCUGAAGUGCAUUGGAUAAAAAAAAUAAAUAAAAAAAAUCAGGCAUUUUUCUGUUUCCCAACUUAAUAGGUAUUUAUUAGCAGGGUUUAUAUUUCAGAUACAUGUUCUCAUUAUGAUGACUUUUAUGUAUAUGUUGGUAUUUUCCAUUCAUUUAUGGGUACUUUAAAAUAGCUAACUUGAAUUUGGUUUGUAGCGGAAUGUAAUCCAGCUCCAACGUGGAUGUGAAUGUAUCAUAGCAGGCAACGAAAGUGUUAGCACUGUUAUGGGGCCUACGCUAAACUCAAGUGUGCCUACCUGAGGGGCUCUGGUUUAAUAAACACCAGCCUUUCACGCUUUAUUUAUUUGAAGGUCUCAACUGUCCAUUCAUGCUUCAGUGUUAUCACACAUCACAACAUUUUCAGUGAACACCAUAAUGGGUAAAGCAUUAUAGAAGAUGUCGAUUAGUAGUCUAAAGAUCAGAGUAGACAAUGAGCGAUAAAUAAGACAUUCACAACACUUAUUUCACACAAAAUUCACAAAAAAACGUGCAUUGUCCAUUGACAAGGUCGUUAGAUUUCGGAAAUGACAAGGUGGUGCUUGCACAGCUAGUUAUCCAAUUAGUCUGCCUUGGUGACAUAAUGGUUAACCACUAAUCACGAUUGAGCAUAUUUUCAUCACAAGCACAAUGGUUAUUUCACUGUAUGUUACAAACAAAAUUAUUAUCAACAGAAUGAACGCAACAAUUACAGUCUAUGAUACUUCUUACUCUUAACUUGAUGAGGAGAGGGUUUGUCAGUUAAAUACCUCAGAUGUUAUUGCUUAAUCCUGUGAUGAAUUUUGUUAACUUAACAGAACUUUUUUUGUGUGUGUGUAUUGGAUGGUUUAAAUUCUGAGAUCUGUUAACAUAGAGAAACAUUUAAUGGUUCUGACGCUUUUGAUGUGUCAUGGGUUGCAGAGUACAAUUGCUGACAAUUUGCAUAAUUGUAAAGCUCUUGUGUAUAUAUGGUUUCUGAUGUCAGCAAAUAUCAGAUGUAAAUGCUUAUUUUAUUAUAUUGACGUAUUUUACAAUCAUGGAAAUCUGGACAAA